AUGUUCCGCGUCAUCGACGCGGCAAUUCUCGCUGCCCUCGGCCUCGACGCCGACAGCGCCAAGCUCGUCCCGCACGGCGGCUCGGGCUUCGCAUCGACGUUCAAGCUGGUCGCCACCAAAGACGGCGAGGACGUCGCCUACUUUGUCAAGACGGGCACCGGCGCUGACGCCGACGUCAUGUUUCGAGGCGAGCACGCGUCGCUCAACGCCAUCUCCGAUGCGGUCCCCGAUUUCUGCCCACGCUCGCACGCGCACGGCGCCCUGGAUUCGCCGCCGGGGACCUUCUUCCUCGCGACCGACUUUUUGGACCUGGGGUCGUCGGCGCCCAGCGGGUCGGGCCUGUCGCUAGCGGCGAAGCUCGCCAAGCUGCACACGACGCCGGCGCCUGUACCCGUGGGGUUUGAUCGGCCCGUGUUCGGAUUCCCGGCGGCGACGUGCUGCGGCGCCACGGCGCAGGACAACGCGUGGAGCGAGUCGUGGGCUAGCUUCUACGCCGACCACCGGCUGCGCGCGGUCCUGCGCGCCGGCGUCCGCAGCAACGGCCCCGACGCGGAUCUGGCGCGCGCCGUAGACAAGGUCGCCGCCGCUGUCGUGCCGCGGCUGCUGGGCGACGGCCACCUGCGCGGUGUUGUGCCUGUGGUUGUCCAUGGCGACCUGUGGAGCGGCAACCACGGCCGCGGACGCAUUGCCGGCAGGGGCGGCACUGAGAAGGUCGUGUACGACCCGUCGAGCGUGUACGGGCACUCGGAGUACGAGCUCGGGAUCAUGCACAUGUUUGGCGGGUUUGGAGAUACCUUUUGGCGCGAGUACGAGCAGCUGGUUCCCAGGGCCGAGCCGAAGGACGAGUUUGACGGCAGGGUCGCGCUGUACGAGCUAUACCACCACCUCAACCAUUUCGCCCUCUUUGGGGCCGGUUAUCGAGGGGGCGCGAUGUCGAUCAUGAAGGAACUGAUAUCCAAGUAUGGUUAG